AUGGAAUUUACUCUCACUUUUUUGACUUUUGACCUAUUUAAUUUCACUAAUAUGCAAAAUGGAGCAUUGCUUGGAUAUAUUGGAAUAUUAUCAUCAAUCCUUCAAGGUGGAUAUGUUCGACGUCGUGCUGCAGGUCCAAUAGUGGCGUGCGGAUUAUAUUGGAUGGCAGGAUCUGAAAAAUGUUACGGGGCUGGUGCUUUUUCAAUGUUG